AUGGCUGCUUCUGACGAUACUGCAACGCUUGUGCACCAGUUCAUAGCAUCGGUCGCUUCUGGUGAAGUUUCCAAUGAAGCACCUCAGAAAAUUUCAGAGAGGCUUGCCCUGGGAACCUUGACUUUGCUUCAGUUCAUUCAGGUUUUAGGUCCCACUCUCACCUCAGAUGAUCCUACUACCAGAAGCUAUGCACUCAACUGCUUAAGUGUGACGCUUGAUUUGCUGAAAACCACUGUACGUUUGACGAACCAAGACGUGAAUGUUUUGUUGCAGUUCUUGGUGAAGAAGUUCGAGGAUGAAAAACUCACAGUCCACAUUCUUGGUGCCUUAACUUCGUUGGUACAGUUCAAGAAGUUUUUACCACGGGUCAAUGACAACCUCAUUACUUUGACCGUAGCUAUCACAGAUGCGUACGAGCCUCGAAAACAUUUGGCCAAAGUACGUUACGAAGGAUUCAAUCUUCUUCAGACUUUAUUCAAUCUGCAUAGCGAGGCCAUUUUCAGUAAUCCAGAGUUUCUGGAAGCUUUCACUAAAGCAUUCGUGCAUGUCGCUUCCGGAGAGAAAGAUCCCAGAAAUUUGCUCAUGUCGUUCAGACUCAACGUUGCCAUUAAUGAGAAGUUUCAAUUCCAGGAUAGAACUACAAACCUGACUCAUGAUCAACUACUCACAGACUUGUUCGACGUUUGCUUUUGCUACUUCCCAAUAUCUUUCUCGCCUCCAGCUAAUGACCCUUACAAGAUCACUGCUGCUGACUUGAAGAAAGAAUUGCGGAAGACGAUAGCAUCGCAAAGCCAAUUUGCACAAGAUACAUUCCCAUCACUUUUUGAGAAGCUCACCUCAACAAAUCCCUCUGUCAGAAAUGAUGUUCUCCAGACUCUUCUUUUGUGUGUGCAGAAUUACGAAGCAUCGACCGUCGAGCAGUAUUGGGUGACAAUCUGGGAUGCUCUCAAAUUUGAAAUUUUGCAUAAUGAUGUGCUGAUUUUCCAGCCCCAAGCCUCCACUAUAAUCCCGCCUCAAUACGAGACAAUUGAUGAUAGUGAUGACAACAAAACACUCAUUUUGACGCUCAGGACGUUGAGUAUUGUGGCGGAGAGAUUAUCCAGCUCACAAGAGUCUGUUGAGUCUUUAGUGGAAACAGUCAAAAAUGAUCUCAAGUCAAAUCUUGAAUCUGAGGACAGCAAAACUGUCAAACAGUCAGUCCUUCUUAUAUGCUCCCUUGGGAGUGUCUCCGUCUCGGUGUUCAACAAAUUCGUUGACUUCUUCUUCUCUUUCGGUGUUUGGGGUAAGUACGUGAGAAGCGAUCUUGAAGACGAGGACAAAGCGGAUGACGACAUGGAGGUUGAUAUUUCACUUACUGUCGCUCGUCAGAGAGAUCUCAUUGACAAUCUCGGUUUUGUUUUUACAGCGAACUUAGUACUCAAUCGGCCAACUCAUUUAUUGAACUACAAAGACCAUUUGUUGAUCUUCUUGGGUCAGCUUCUUCAAACGUCAUCCAAACUAGACAAAACACUCAAAUGCAAGAUUACACAACAACUUGUCAAGUUGAUUCUGCUCGAUGAUUUUCUUGUCAUCAAUGAGGUGCAGCUCAUUCUUGGUUGGCUCAACGAUAACUUGAUUGAUUUUGUGAAGUCUGGGAACAGCGGAUGGGAGAAAGAUAUCUUCCUUACAGAAAUUGUCAGCGGCAUAGUGCAUCUCAUGACUGAGGGCUCAGAUGAGAAGAUCAACGCCAACGUUGGUUGUGUUAUUGAGAUAGUUUUACCAACGCUUUUGGACAACAUCUCGGACGCGAACAUUUUGACAAUUAUCAGAAAGCUCUGCGUCAACUACAGAAUUCUCGAAGUCUUAUCAAUCAGACUUCUUAAUAAGAUUGAGUUUGAUAAUUGCGACAAAGAGCAGUUGGACAGCAUAAUUGAUUGUCUCAUUAGCUCUUUCAAUCAGACGCAAUCGGUUAAGCCUUUUAUGGCAAACACAUGGAAUAAGACUUUCAAUCCGAGAUUCUUGGACCUCAUCAUAGCGAAGUCAAGUGAUGAUGCUGCCAUUCUCGAAUUGAGUGGUCAACUCCUCGGUCUUGUGACACGUUACACUGAGAAGUCAAAGCAACAAGACGUCCUUGAUGAGACAAUGAAAAAGUUCAGCGGAGAAAAAGAAGUUGGAGGCGGUCUUUUGAAUGUUUUCACUGAACCAUCGCCAAAGGUUACCAUCCUUAAGCAUUUCCUUGCAAAAGUUGACAAGACCUGUCAGCUUCCUUCUGAUGUUCAUGGAAAGAUUGAGCAAUGCAUGCAUAACACCUCGUCGGCAGCUGAUGAGUUCGUGAGAAUGGGAUACUUACAAUUGAUUGCAAUCCUUGUCAACAAAUUUACUCCACAGAAUGAUGAAACAAACGGCAGCAUUCUUCAAAGGCUGUUCGCCAACUUUCAGGGCAAUGAAAAUUCAUUGGAGAUUGCCACCUGGAUUCUCAAGGGAUUGAUCAUGAGAGGUGACCAAGUUGGCUCGAAAUAUCUCAAUGAGUUGUUGGUCGAGGUUUUUCGCUCAGAUGACACAGCUCACAGCAAACAAACAUCAAGAUGCUUCAGUAUUCUAAUGGCUGACUUGGAUGUCUUCAUGAACCCUGAGAAUAGUAAACUGAAGAUUGUGUCUGGAGUUUCUAACUUAAAUGUGAAGCUUCUCUAUAAACAACAAAUAUUUGAAAACAUCUUGGGAAGAGUGCUUGAGAAGUUCCAGGUUACACAAAAUGAUGAAAAGAAGGAGGUCUUGUUGGGCACUUUGGCCAUCAUCAUCAGCAAUAUAUCAUCCAAGGUUUUGAAGCCACACUUGAGAGAGGUGUUCCCGUUAGUGCUCAACGGGUUGAGCAUCGAAAGCGCAGUUGUCUUGAAAGCCUCGUUGGACACAUUUAAUGUCAUCAUUACAGAGACACCAGACCUUAUUUCCGAGAACAUUGAUAGUCUUGUCACCAAGCUCGUUGAUUUGAGCACUACUAAGAUCGUUUCUGGCAAGAAGCUAGUGAAUGACGAGCAGAUCAGAUACCUCGCGCUUGAGUGUCUCGAGGGUAUCUUCAAUAGCGUGGAGCUUCCACAAGUCGUGAAAUACCAAGCAUCAACCAGAGACAGGCUUCGGGUUUGCUUGGACGACAAAAAGAGAAGUGUAAGAAAGAAAGCAUGCGACGUUCGCCAGGUGCUUUACGAAUUGGGUCGUUAG